UGUGGUUCUGCCCUGCUGACGCUUGGCUUUGCCUCCCCCAGGCUCCCUAUUUAAUCUACGUUGAAGUACUUGAAUGUGACAAUUUCGACACAGCGAAUGUGCCCGCUCAUCCCGAGAACCGCAUCCGGAGCACGCGCUCGGCCGAGAACCUCCCCGAGUGCGGGAUCACGCACGAGCAGAGGACCAGCAGCUUCACCACCGUCCCCAACUACGACAACGAUCUGCCGGAGAUUCACACCAACAGCUGUGACAACAUCUCCCAGUUCUCCGUGGACAGCAUCACCAGCCAGGAGAGCCGGGAGCCCGUGUUCAUUGCCGCGGGAGAUAUCAGGCGGCGGCUCUCGGAGCAGCUGGCGCACACCCCCACCUCCUUCCGGAGGGACCCCGAGGACCCGUCCGCCGUCGCCCUGAAGGAGCCCUGGCAGGAGAAAUCCAUCUGGGAACAGGAGCGUGUCCCGCUCUGGAUCAAGCCAUACAAAAUCCUCGUCAUCUCCGCCGACAGCGGCAUGAUUGAGCCAGUCGUGAAUGCUGUGUCCAUCCACCAGAUCAAGAAGCAAUCCCUGCUUUCGCUGCUGGAUUAUUUCCUGCAGGAACACGGCAGUUACAACACCGAAUCCUUCCUGACGGCCCAGAGGAAUUUCGUGCAGAGCUGUGCCGGUUACUGCCUGGUGUGUUACCUGCUGCAGGUCAAGGACAGGCACAACGGCAACAUCUUGCUGGACGCGGAUGGACACAUAAUCCACAUCGAUUUUGGGUUCAUCCUCUCCAGUUCCCCCAGGAAUCUUGGCUUUGAGACGUCGGCCUUCAAGCUCACCACGGAGUUUGUGGAUGUGAUGGGCGGGCUGGACGGGGACAUGUUCAACUACUACAAGAUGCUGAUGCUGCAGGGUCUCAUCGCCGCCCGGAAGCACAUGGAUAAAGUCGUGCAGAUCGUGGAGAUCAUGCAGCAAG